UUCAGAGCACAGAUGUAAUAGUGUGAAUUUCUCUCUGCAGCUACCAGCCUCAGACUCACCACAGCCUGAGAAGGCUGCAGGUAAAUGUCAGCGCUGUGUGGUCAUGGGAAACGGAGGCAUUCUCAAAGGCUUGGAGCUUGGCCCACUGAUUGACCGCUUUGACACCAUUAUCAGGUUAAACCGAGGUCCACUGGGGAAGUUCAGCACUGACGUUGGGAAUCGAACCACCAUCAGGAUGAGUUACCCGGAGGGCACGCCUCUUAGCUGGCCUGACACAGACCCAGACACUCUGUUUGUGACGGUGGUGUAUAAAAGCGGAGACAUCAGCUGGACCUCUGCUAUGAUCAACAAGCUCUCUGUGCCUCUGUGGGAUUGGUUCUUUUUCUGGCAGAAGGUUCCAGAUAGAAUCCCUCUCAAAGCCAGUAAGUUCAGACUUCUAAACCCACAUGUGAUCAGAGAGACUGCACUGGACCUCCUGAAAUAUCCUCUUCCCAGGCCACGCCUGUGGGGUGGGCUGACUCUAGCUAGCAUGCUGUGUGACGAGGUCAGCCUGGCAGGCUUUGGCUACAACCUCUCCCAGCACGGGGCGCCACUGCACUACUAUGACCAGCUGCCUAUGAGCGCCAUGCUGGAGCAGAGCAUGCACAACGUGAACAGAGAGACUGAGCUCUUGCAAAGACUGGUUAGAGAGGGAACCAUCACUGACCUGACAGGGGGGAUCCACUGCUCCUACUGCCACAGCUGACCCACCACAGCCUUCUAGUGCAGAGCGCUUCCUUUUUGUGGUGUGAACAUUUUCAUAUCCUCUCUGAGGCACUGAACAGAAGUCAAGCAAGAGUUACAGGAUAUUUUUAACAAAACGCUUUAUGAACCACAGUCUUAUGUCUUUGCUCACACACACGUUGUAAUAACUGAUUCUCAUCAGCAAUGCAUCAGGAGCUUCUCAAUAUUUGAGUUAUUUUUAGUUGUGGAACACGACCAGUAAGUUGUAAACAGUGUUAUUCGGUAUCAUGGUUGUCGUGAUUGUUCUGAUGUAAGUUAUAAUUAUGUUUGUACAGCAGUAAAUUAUCAGUGGAACAAAAUGAAUCUGUAUUCAGUUGCACAGAUUGGACCAAGGUGUCUUCAGCUGAAGCUGUUUUUUAACAGAUUCACUUCAUUGUGAUAUUGAAACAGUCUGCUUUGCUGCUCUUCCCAAGUGGCUGAUCUUUGAUAUCUGUGGUGAAAAUAAAAUAUGAUUUAUAAUUUUAUUUUUAUUAUUUCUACAUCGUUGUAGUUUUAUUUGACUUGCACUUUUUCAUGUUAACAUCCAAUUUCCUGAUCUGAAUUUUCAUGUGUCGCAGCCAUGUGAGCAUCCUGUGUCGGUCUUCAUUAAUAAAGUCCAAG